UGUUUUCGUCCGCAUCCGGAUUACUUCAUAAUGCCUGCAUUUUAAUGCCAUUUUAGAUUCGGGAACUGAAGUAUACAGAUCCCUUACACCUGGUGGAAAGUUUUGCGAGGUAAAUGAGGUUUGAAGAGAACCGAUAAUUGCACUAGUUGGGUGGAAUCAGAGGGGAAGAAAAGGAAUUUCGUUUGAAAGAUCCUAGUAUAUAUUGAACCCUCCAUGGAUAGACAUAUACCUGUGUGCAUAUUCGUGUGUCUAUGGCUUGUUGAAAUUUCUGGCGUUUAUGGUGGACACAUAGAGGAGAUAUCCACAAUUCAUGAUAUCGGCUUAAAAGACUUCCCUCGUGCAAAACCACUUCUAUCAGAUUAUUCUUGCUCAGUAAAUCACAUCAAGGCCGGCUGCUUUAAUGACAAGAGAAACCCAUCAUCGAGGGCAAUGGGCGAACUAUUGUUUCAAGAUCGAUACGAAGGAAAAGGGUUCAGCGGUCAGAGGAUAAACUGGGGAAGGUGGGACUCUUAUCUUCCCGAUCUUGUUUGUCGAUGCGCUACGGCUGCAGCCAACAAGGGUUAUUCUUUCUUUGGGAUUCAGUUUUACGGAGAGUGCUGGAGUAGCGCAGACGCAGCCCAGCGGCUCAACAUUUACGGUGUAAGCAACAAAUGUGUUGAUACGGAUUACAAGGCCGGAUGUGACAAAGUCAAUGACAAACCUUGCGCUGGAGUGGCUCAUGUGAACUUUGUUUAUCAGAUAGUUUCAGGAGAUAAUCCGAACGGGAGCGGUGGUGGGCCACCAAUAAACCCAGACGAGUACUGACGCUUAAAUGUUCGACGAGGCUGAAGAUACAAACCGCGAUGUUCGGAAACAUUGACAUUGUUCUCCUUUAAUUUUCUGUGUUUGGGAGAUAAAUGAACAGCAGACCAUCAUGCAAAUGAGCAAAAGUUAUAUCAGGUCGCAAAAUAAACUUCAGCUAGUGCACCGUAUUUCUUGAAAUAAAUAGCAUCAUGUUAUCAGUACGAUUUUUCAUUAAAAUUCACACUGUAAAAAAUGAGGACAUCAUUUGCUCGU